AUUCAAUUGCUUCCGUUAAUUAUCUAUUGUCAUUUCUCCAAACCCCAAAAUUGUUUGUUCUUUCUUUCACUCUCUUCCCCUUUUUCUUUCCUUUUCUUACUAUCUUUUUCUAUUUUUCUGUGAUCGAGCUUCAAUGGUUUCCGUGUAACGAUCUCCAAAAGCUUGAUAGUUCCUCAAUGUCUCCAUCCUUUUAUGGUUUUUGGACUAUAUAAGGGUUGCCAAAUUAAGAUGCUUCAAAUGUUCAUUUAUUUACAUCAAGUUUGGUUGACUUUACGUAACCAGCAUGUAUAUUAUAGCUCCUGCUCAGGAUUGGUUUACUGAAGAAUUUUCCUGCCAUGAAGUUUGUGAAACUGUUGUGCGUUGGGAUGAACAGGUUUAGUAUUAGGUUUGUCCUAAACUUGGCCUGAAUUAGGCUUUUACUUGGUCAGCACCUAAUUAAUAUGGAUAGGGCAGACACUUCUGGUUUUGUAAGUGGUGGAAGUUUCUUGUUGAAGGCUCUAGUUGUCACUGGUUUACUUUUUUUGAUUGCAAUAGAAGCUUGUGGCUGAAACCAUACAUCUAGUAUUUGUACUAUUUCUUCUUUCUCGAGGUAUAAGCUGCUGAAGAUGGAUAUGAAUGAAAAGGGGUUCUCUUACUCUAAUGACUUUCCUAGUAAUGAUAACUUUGGUGAUACCGCUUUGAGAUUGGACUGUCUUGGCUAUGGAAGGAGCAAUGGUUCCCAAAUUUUGAAUACAUCAAUGACUCUGGAUGGUGGUUGCAGACUGUUACUUGGAUUGGGCCCAACACCAAGGGCAUAUUCAGAAGAUAAACAGACAAAAGGAUUAUCUUCAUCAUUGUUCCAAGGGGUGUCAGGUGAUGAUGAUUCAAUCUUGAAAUUGGGACUUUCUGGAGAAAAUAGAAAUUUGUUUGGAUCUCUUGAAUUUUCAUCUUCAACAAAUACUGAUUUGAAUUCACAUCUUUUCACAUGUCAAGUAUCUGCAGCUGACCCUAAAUACACUAUUCCUGUGGCUGAUGAGGGCUCCACGUCUGCUAAGCAAUCAGGUGGUUAUAUGUCGUCUCUUCUUUUGGGUCCUAAAAGUGUUUGCAAACUACCCCCGGUGCAGUUGUGGGAUGCUUUUGAUAUUGGCUCUAAAUCCCCCUCUGAACCAUCUCAGUUUGUUUCGGAGCCUUCUAAUGCAACAAGCUGCACUGCGGGUACUAUAUCUGAGAAUUCGGCUACUCUUACAUCUGUGGAAAAUAGACCACAUAAUACAAAAAGAUGCCGUUUUAUGGGAUGUACAAAAGGAGCUCGAGGAGCAACGGGUUUAUGCAUUGGUCAUGGUGGUGGCCAGAGAUGCCAAAAACCUGGCUGUAACAAAGGUGCAGAAAGCCGUACUGCGUACUGCAAGUCCCAUGGAGGAGGCAGGAGAUGCCAGCAUUUAGGAUGCACUAAAAGUGCUGAGGGAAAGACCGAUUACUGCAUUGCUCAUGGUGGGGGCCAUCGAUGUGGUUAUCCUGGAGGUUGCUCUAAAGCAGCACGUGGUAAAUCAGGGCUUUGUAUUCGUCAUGGUGGAGGUAAAAGAUGUAAGGUGGAAGGAUGCACUAGAAGUGCUGAAGGCCGUGCUGGUCUUUGCAUCUCUCAUGGAGGUGGUAGGCGUUGCCAAUUUCUAAAUUGUACGAAGGGUGCUCAAGGCAGCACUAUGUUCUGCAAAGCACAUGGAGGGGGUAAGCGAUGCAUAUUUGCUGGUUGUACGAAGGGUGCUGAGGGGAGCACUCCAUUGUGCAAAGGACAUGGUGGUGGUAAGAGAUGUAUGUUUGAAGGUGGUGGGAUCUGUCCCAAGAGUGUUCAUGGAGGCACAAACUUCUGUGUUGCUCAUGGAGGUGGGAAGAGGUGUUCUGUUCCUGGAUGCACAAAGAGUGCACGCGGCCGCACAGAUUGCUGUGUGAGGCAUGGUGGUGGGAAGCGAUGCAAAGUUGAAAACUGUGGGAAGAGUGCCCAAGGGAGCACCGACUUCUGCAAAGCCCAUGGAGGUGGGAAACGGUGCAGCUGGAGUCUUGGCAAAUGUGACAAGUUUGCUCGCGGUAGAAGUGGGCUAUGUGCAGCCCACAGUAGCAUGGUUCAGGAUAGAGAAAACAGGCGAGGCAUAAUUGCAGCUGGUUUGUUCCAUGGGCUUGUGUCAACGACUUCUUCAACUAUUGCGAGUAGCCUGGACAACAAGAAUUCUUCUUCGGUAGUGAGUGUUGUAUCUGAUUGUGAAGAUUCAUCAGGAAGGCCAGCUAAAAGGCAGCAUCUUAUCCCCCCAGAGGUUCUAGUUCCCCUGUCAAUGAAAUCUACCUCAUCUUAUUCAACGCAGGCAACGGAUAAACAGAACAAUCAAUGGAGUGUUAAUAACGGAAAUGAAAGUUUUCAAUUUAUAAUUCCCGAGGGUAGAGUCCAUGGUGGAGGCCUUAUGUCAUUGCUCGGUGGAAAUCUUAGUAAUUUCGUGCAUGGGGUAUGAAGCGUAAAGAAACAAUGUUAUUUGUAUUAUCUGUUACUAGUUCAUCCAAGGUUUUCUUCUAUCCAUUCCCCCUUGUAAUUUUCUUGUAAUUGUGUAUGUGUAUAUAUCUGUAAGUUCUAUCACUUCAUGUACAAAUAGUUCUGUGAAACCAAUGUACUUAUUUUGAUGGUGGCAUUCACCCUUGGAUUAUUUGUGAGUACUAAAAAUUUGGAUACCUUCAUUGA